CACCAGCGACCCAGAUCUCCCCGCUUCGCGCCCGACCCUCACCGAGGCCCAGACCGCAGCAGGCUCCUCCGGCUGCCGCUCGGUUAAAAAUGGUUGCCAGGAUGGUUUCUACCAUGCUGUCUGGCCUAGUGUUUUGGCUGACAUUUGGAUGGACUCCAACAGCUGCUUAUAGCCCGAGAACCCCUGACCGGGUCUCAGAAACAGAUAUCCAGAGGCUGCUCCAUGGUGUGAUGGAGCAGCUGGGCAUUGCCAGGCCACGGGUAGAGUAUCCAGCUCACCAGGCCAUGAACCUUGUGGGCCCACAGAGCAUCGAAGGUGGAGCUCAUGAAGGUCUUCAGCACUUGGGUCCCUUUGGCAACAUCCCAAACAUUGUGGCAGAGUUGACCGGUGACAACAUUCCCAAGGACUUCAGUGAAGAUCAGGGCUACCCAGACCCUCCAAAUCCCUGUCCCGUUGGAAAAACAGUAGAUGAUGGAUGUCUAGAAAACACCCCUGACACAGCAGAGUUCAGUCGAGAAUUCCAGUUACACCAGCACCUUUUUGAUCCAGAACAUGACUAUCCAGGCUUGGGCAAGUGGAACAAGAAGCUCCUUUAUGAGAAGAUGAAAGGAGGACAGAGACGCAAGCGGAGGGUCUGGGCCGAAGGACUUGCUGCCAUGACAGUCCCUUACCAGGAGGGAUUCUCCCCAGAGUUACAACAGAGCCUCAGAGUGUCAAUCCAUAUCUGCAAGGACAGAGACUGGACAAUGUUGUGGCGAAGAAGUCAGUCCCUCAUUUUUCAGAUGAGGAUAAGGACCCAGAGUAAAGUGAAGAUGCUGAGUGGAAACCCACACGACCUGUUAGACCUCCUUGGUGUUGCUUAUGUGCACGCGUUGUUAGAGCCCCUGUGAAUGGCAGCAUGUUUCUAAUUUAGACAAGUAUGGAUGAAAAGCAGCUGUAUUUUGAUAUCCUAUUGUCCUUCACACCGAUAGCUCUGCUUUCUGCUAAAUUAGGGUAAGAGCUUUUUUUUCUUUAAAUGUGGAGCUGCAGUGAGCAUUAAAAUUAAAAUGUAUGUGUCAAUAACAAUAAAAAGCAAAUGAAUGAAAUGUCCUCCGAUUUCUUACAGUUUAAAAUGGUGUUUCGGGUGGCACUGUUUUGGCCAAGUCUGUAAAAGGCUGGCAUUUGAUUUUGAUUAUGUAGUUAAUCCAGCCCUUGGGCAUUAUUACACACCAAUAAAGAAGAUUGUACCCAGGAGGAGCUGACACAUUUCACUUGGCUGCAUCUUAAUAAAUGUGUAUGCAAGCAUGA